GAGGAGGAACAGCGGAGAGGAGGGAGGAGGAGGAAGCAGCAUCAGAUCGAGGAGCGUUGUAUAAAUCAGCGUUCAGAUAAUCAUCAUCAUCAUCGUCGUCGUCUUAAGAUCAUCUUAACGAGUCUCUGAUGGAGUCUGAAGAAAAUGUGAUGAACGUCCUGCAGCCUGCUGCGAUCGGCUCUCUGUUCACCACGGUGGGUCCUUCAGCCCCUGAGGAGGGCUGGCAGGUGUACAGCUCAGCUCAGGACUCUGAAGGUCGAUGUGUUUGUACGGUGGUCGCUCCUCAGCAGAGCGUCUGCUCCAGAGAUGCCAGAACCAAACAGCUCCGACAGCUGCUGGAAAAGGUUCAGAACAUGAGUCAGUCCAUCGAGGUUCUGGACCAGCGGACUCAGAGAGAUCUGCAGUUUGUGGAGAAGAUGGAGGUUCAGCUGACCGGUCUGGAGAACAAGUUCAAACAGGUCGAAGACGGACACGAGAGCAACAUCGCCAGACAGUACAAGUCCAUCAAAUCGAAGAUGGAGGAGCUCCGUCCUCUCAUCCCCGUCCUCGAGGCGUACAAGGCAGACACUCUGCUGGUCCGGCAGUUUAAGGAGGAGGCGGCCAAUGUGACGGAGCUGCUGGGAGCACUGCAGGAACAACUGGGAGGACUGGACUACCAGGACCUCCACAGCCGGGUCAUGAGCCUGGAGGACAGACUGAGGGCCUGCAUGCAGAGGCUGGCGUGUGGGAAGCUGACAGGAAUAUCUGAGCCAAUCACCAUCAAGACUUCUGGAUCAAGGUUUGGAUCGUGGAUGACCGACCCGAUCGCUCCGCCCGGAGACAACAGAGUGUGGUACAUGGAUGGUUACCAUAACAACCGAUUUGUCAGGGAGUAUCAGUCGAUGUAUGACUUCAUGAUGACGGAUAACUUCACGUCUCACCGCCUGCCUCACCCGUGGUCCGGUACCGGUCAGGUGGUUUAUAACGGGUCCAUUUACUUCAACAAGUUUCAGAGUCACACCAUCAUCAAGUUCGACUUCAGCACAUCGCUCAUCAGCCGCUCCCGACAGCUCGACUUCGCCGGCUACAACAAUAUGUACCAUUACUCGUGGGGAGGUCACUCUGACAUUGACCUCAUGGUGGACGAGGGCGGGCUGUGGGCCGUCUACGCCACCAAUCAGAAUGCAGGAAACAUCGUCCUUAGCCAGUUAAACCCAAACACUCUGCAGAUCAUCCGAAGCUGGACCACCAACCACCCCAAACGCAGCGCCGGUGAGGCCUUCAUGAUCUGUGGAACGCUGUACGUCACCAACGGAUACUCUGGAGGAACCAAAGUGUACUACGCCUACUCUACCAACUCCUCCACCUACGAGUACAUCGACAUCCCUCUGACCAAUAAAUACAGCCACCUGUCAAUGCUCGACUACAACCCCCGAGACAGAGCGCUGUAUGCCUGGAACAACGGCCACCAAGUCCUGUACAACGUCACACUGUACCACAUCAUACAGUAAGAUGACAUCACACUGUACCACAUCAUACAGUAAGAUGACAUCACACUGCAUCACAUCAUACAGUAAGAUGACAUCACACUGCGUCACAUCAUACAGUAAGAUGACAUCACACUGCGUUACAUCAUACAGUAAGAUACAAGUCCUUUAUGACAUCACACUGGACCAGGGAAACUGCUAGCUUAAUUCCAUCAAAGGAUAAUCCACCGUGUCACACCUGUGUACACCUGUUCAAUAAACAACAUACUACAUGUGAACACAGAACAUGGAAAUCAGACAGACGUUGUUGGAAGGUGAUCUAUGCUAAUAGUUUCCCUCUGCUUCCAGUCUUUUUGCUAAGCUAGGCUAGCAGUACCCCCCCCAAGCUCUUUGAUUAAACACAAUCACGAAGACACCAAACUUUGUAUUUCACAAUAAAAGACACUGGAUUGUUUUAUUUUGGUGGUGUACACAGAAGAAUGCUACAUGUUUAUAUAUUUUCUUCUUUUGAAAUCAGACGUACUGUUCUCACUUUGAAGUAAUAAUAAUAAUAAUUAAGUCUUUUUUACUGUUUCAUGUGUUCUACAGUCAAACUAAACAUUUCACUUGUUUGUAAAUCAGCUGUCGUAGGUUUAGCAGGGCUAACCGACACCUUUCCUUCCAUCUACUCAUGUGGAAUCACAUGAACACACACUUCAAGCAUCAUGGGAGAUGUAGUCCCUCAGCAGCCUGUCACGCCUGAUCCUCCUCAGCUGGUUGGUGUAAAGUUUCUAAAAAAAUUGAAAUCAUGUGCAGCGAGAUCGCUGAGCUAACGUCACGACAAAAACAUUUUAACAUCAUGUAGAGAUUCUGCUGCGUGUUUCACAAACUGCACGUUAAAGUUACAAGUCAGCGUGUCCACUGCAGGUUGACGUGUCCUUCGGCAGGUUGAAUUGUCCUUUGGCAAGUUGACAUGUCCAUGUGCAGGUUGACUUGUCCUUUGGCGGGGUGACGUGUCCAUGGGUGGGUUGACAUGUCCUUUGGCGGGUUGACGUGUCCAUGGGCGGGUUGACGUGUCCUUUGGCGGGUUGACGUGUCCUUUGGCGGGUUGAUGUAUCCUUUGGUGGGUUGACGUGUCCAUGGGUGGGUUGACGUGUCCUUUGGCGGGUUGACGUGUCCAUGGGUGGGUUGACGCGUCCUUUGGCGGGUUGACGUGUCCAUGGGCGGGUUGACGUGUCCUUUGGCGGGUUGACGUGUCCCUGGGCGGGUUGACAUGUCCUUUGGUGGGUUGACGUGUCCUUUGGUGGGUCAGUCAUAAUUGUAAACGUGUAUAAAUUGCUUCAUGUGAAGACGUUCAGCUCAGUGAUGAUUUGUUUUUUUAGAUAUUUGACUCGUGUGUUAUUAAUUCUUUAUUCUGUUUAAGUGUCGGACCAGCUGAGGACAGGAAACAAUAAAACUGAAUUUAUUAAAGCAUUAAGUGAUAUUUUCUAUGGUUGGCCUGUAAACUACUUUGUGUUUUGUACUUAAACAGAUUGGUACUCUAGUUUUCCGUGGAGUCUUUAUAACUGAUGAUCAGCAGUGAUGAUAUGAAACAUGUUUUAUUAUUGGACAGACUGCAUGUGACAUGUUUUUAACAGCUUUGUUAUUUAAAUAA